AUGGCUUGCCUGAGCAGCCAAAAACUCUUGAAGGAUAAGCAGACUCGCGACGCUAACUCCAUUACUUCUCUCUCACUCACACACAGAGCUCUCUCGGAUAUAUCUUGCUUGAGGGAAUUCCAGAACUUGGAAAAGCUGGACCUUGCCUUCAAUAAUCUCACCUCACUUCAGGGAUUGAGUUCGUGUGUGAAGUUGAAGUGGUUGUCAGUUGUGCAAAACAAAUUGGAAAGCUUGAGAGGAAUUGAAGCACUCUCUAACCUGACUGUGUUAAAUGCGGGAAAAAAUAAGCUUAAAUCAAUUGAUGAAGUUCGUUCCCUUGUCAGCUUACGUGCUCUGAUUUUGAAUGAUAAUGAUAUUGUUUCCAUUUGCAAACUUGAUCAAAUGAAAGAGUUGAACACUGUUGGUGAAUGUUGGAAAUGUGCUCUUUUUGACUGGCUGGAGCGUAUUGCAUUCUGCUCUCUGGCAAUGUCAAAUAAGAUGUGUGAACAUAAAGCUGCUGUUUUGAAGCUUACCUUAGACAUCAUCAUGGUUCAAGAUUUUCAGGGGUCCAUAUCAAUAAAUUGUUUUAUGGAACAUGUUGAGGGCCAUGGGGUGUAUGCUGGGACUCACAAAAACUCGAGAUUUCUUUGGGAUAACAAUACUUCUCUUGUUUUGUCUCGAAAUCCAAUUCGUGAAAUUGGCGAAUCUCUGGUCAAGGUGAAAUCUAUCACAAAGCUUUCUCUCUCAAAUUGCCAACUUCAAACCAUUGACUCAUCACUUAAAUCUUGCAUUGAGCUGAAAGAGCUCCGACUUGCUCAUAAUGAUAUCAAGACUCUUCCAACCGAAUUGGCCUAUAAUAAGAAACUCCAGAAUUUGGACUUGGGGAAUAAUGUGAUCACAAGAUGGUCAGAUGUAAAGGUGCUGAGUUCUUUAGUUGAUCUGAAAAACCUAAAUCUACAAGGAAACCCCAUUGUUGAGAAUGCUAAAACAACCAAGAAGGUCCAGAAAUUUUUGCCAAAUUUGCAUAUAUUCAAUGCCAGACCUGUAGAUAAAAGCACCAAGAAGGGAAGCAGCGGUAGACCAGAUGAUUCUUCGCUUAUCCCCACCAAUGAGCUGGACGAUCUUAAGGAAAAGGAAAAGGAUUGCACAAGGGAAACGAAGUCUUCAAAACAUGUGAUGGAUCAAAGAAGUGGACAUUUUGAUAAUGCUGAUGAUGAAGUGGAGAAGGAUUUGAAGCAGAGAAGGAAGAAAACAAAGGGCGAAGUCUCGAAGAAGGAAGAAGCUUCAACCGAUGAAAAGGAUGAUAAUGUGGUCGAAAAGAAAUUAAAGAGGAAAAAAACAAAUGAGAAAGAAGACCCUUCUAAUGACCUUGAAAUGGAGGAUUUGAGAAGAAAAGGGAAAAAAUCUCUUGAGAAGCUAUCAGAAGACGAUGUUCAUGACGAUGAUAGAAAUAAAGUAAAAAGGAAACUGAAGAGUAAAAAAUCAAGGGAAGAACUAAAUGAACUCGAUAUUAUUGAUAAUGGGGAAGUAUCAUUUGCAGACCUUUUUUCCGUUGAUGCUGCAGAAAAUCCAAAACAUGGUAGUGAAAGUAAAACACUUGCCAAAACUGGCAUAAAUGCACCGAGUGGCUUGUUAACCGUCUCUGCAAAGAAAAAGAAAAGUAAAAACCAGGGUUUGGUUUCUACAAUCCCGUUGUCCCCUGCAGUUGAAGUUGGAAUGGGUGGGACAUCAACAUGGGGUGACGAGUAG